AGCCUCCGGGAGCGCCGCAGGUGCGGAUGAGCGGGUGUCACCUGCCGGGUGACCAGAGCCUGCCCUCCCACCGAGCGGCGCCGGGUGAGGGGAAACCCGAGGGGAUUCUUUGGAGAUGAGCGUCCUGGGCGGCGGCUGAUGAAGAAAGACACAGGAGUCCUGAGACCCCUGAGCUGAAAGGGGCCAGAAAGGGGUCAGCAUGGGCUCAGAGCUGCCUCCGUCUUGGCUGCUACUCUUCACCUGGCUCCCAGCAGGGUGCCUGUCCUUGCUGGUGACGGUCCAACACACAGAGCGUUAUGUCACUCUGUUUGCCUCUGUUGUCCUCAAAUGUGACUAUACGACCUCUGCCCAGCUCCAGGAUGUGGUGGUGACAUGGCGCUUCAAGUCCUUCUGCAAGGACCCCAUCUUUGACUACUUCUCUGCCUCAUACCAAGCAGCUUUAUCCCUGGGCCAGGACCCCUCCAAUGACUGCAAUGAUAAUCAGAGGGAAGUUCGCAUCGUGGCCCAGAGACGGGGACAGAAUGAGCCAGUGCUGGGGGUGGAUUAUCGGCAGCGCAAGAUUACCAUCCAAAACCGAGCUGAUCUUGUGAUUAACGAAGUGAUGUGGUGGGAUCAUGGAGUGUAUUAUUGCACCAUUGAGGCCCCAGGGGACACAUCAGGAGACCCUGAUAAGGAGGUGAAGCUCAUCGUCCUUCACUGGCUGACAGUGAUCUUCAUCAUUCUGGGAGCACUGGUCCUCUUCAUGCUGAUUGGAGUGUGCUGGUGCCAGUGCUGUCCUCAGUAUUGCUGCUGCUACAUCCGUUGUCCCUGCUGUCCUACCCGUUGCUGCUGUCCUGAAGAAGCCCUGGCCCGCCACCGCUACAUGAAGCAGGCUCAGGUCCUAGGUCCUCAGAUGCUGGARAAACCCCUGUACUGGGGGGCGGACAGGAGCUCCCAGGUUUCAUCUUAUGCAAUGAACCCGCUGCUGCAGCGAGAUUUGUCCUUACGGUCCAGCCUCCCACAGAUGCCAAUGACCCAGACCACCACUCACCCUCCUAUCACCAAUGGUGUCCUGGAAUAUUUGGAAAAAGAGCUGCGGAACCUCAACCCAGCCCAACCUCUGCCCACUAACCUCAAAGCCAGGUCUGGCCAUCCCUGCAGCAUGCUGUCCUCCCUGGGUUCCGAGGUUGUGGAACGCAGGAUCAUUCACCUGCCCCCACUGAUCAGAGACCCAUCCUCCUUGGGGAGGACCAGCGACUCCUCACACCAGCUGUGGCACACCCCAAUUUCCUCCAGACCCUGGGAUCUGAGGGAGGGGAGAAGGCAGCACCAUUACUCUGAUUUCCACCAGGAGCUCCAGGACUGGGGUCCAAAACCCUGGGCACUGGGGAGAAGAGAGCUGGACCACCCAGGGAGUGGAAGGCGCCACCAUUCCAGGAGGAAUGGGUCACCCACGCCGCCCUGGUCAGACAGGGACAGCCUGAGCGAUGGCUUCUCGUCCAGUGAAGCCCACUGGCAGCCCAGCCACCCGCCUCCCAGGAGCCACUGGGAGAGGCCAAGCAGGCGCAGGACCCGGGAGAGUGUCCCUAGACGCGGGAGACGCAGGGCCAGCAGCUGCUCCCCGCCACCGCCCUCUGGACUCAGCUCUUGGAGCUCGGAGGAGGAGAAGGAGAGGCCGCCCCGCAGCUGGGGAACCCGCCACCACCGCUCGCAGUCCCCGAAUUGGCUAGAGGAGAAGCCGCCCAGCUACCGCUCGCUGGAUGUCACUCCAGGCAAGAAUGGCAGGAAAAAAGGGAGUGUGGCGAGGCGCUCGGAGAAAGACAGCUCCCAUAGUGGAAGGAGUGUGAUCAUUUAAUCCCCAGGCACGGCACCACUUCCGUGGCUCCAUCUCUGCUCCUGUGUGUCAUCAGUAUCACCCAGGUUCCCAGCUGACUUGGGGGCAGGGGACACUGCAAGUCUGCCACCAACAGCUUUGGCUUAGAUUCUGAGAAUCAAAUAGAGGAAUUUUAAAAACAAGAGUUUGAG